GUAGAUGCUAGUGGCUGUUCACAGACGCGGAGCUGUCCGUAAACGUUUCGGCUUACCAUGCCUUUGUAAACGCCGUUAUUCUACAGAAAUAAAAACCGAACGAGACCAACGUUUUAACGCAAAGCUGUCAAACAUGGAUGGAACGCAGCGGCUUCGUUUUCCUUUGACUUUGCGCACGUAACGGUGUGUCCCGGGGACCAAUGGUUUACCUAAUGGGAAUGCAGUCCGAGACGCAGACCGUCAAAUCUGGGUCUCUUGAUGGGAUGUUUGAUGCCAGCGCGUGGAGGAUACGCAGCAUCUGGGAUGGGGUGAAGCUGGAGGUGGCCGGGGACGAGAGCCCGGUCGUGCUCCACAGCUUCACGCAGCUCGACCCGGACCUGCCUCUGCUGGAGAACUCGACCCAGGAGAUCGGGGAGGAGGUGGAGGAUGGGGCCAUCUACACCAUCACCCUGAGGAAGGUGCAGGUGCACCAGACGGCCAGCAAGGGGCAGCGCUGGCUGGGGGUGGAGACGGACUCCGCCCUCAGCCUGUACGAGACCUGCAAGGUGCGCACCAUCAAGGCCGGCACCCUGGAGAAGCUGGUGGAGUACAUGGUGUCCGCGUUCAGGGGCAACGACUCCACCUAUGUCACCAUCUUCCUCUGCACCUACCGCUCCUUCGCCACCACCAAGCAGGUGCUGGACCUGCUGCUGAACAGGUACGCCAAGUUGCAGCAGCACUCCAGCGCGGAGGGGCCCAGGCUGACACACGAGGACCGAACAGAGCUGAAGAACACUAUCUCCUCCAUCCUGGGAGCUUGGCUGGAUCAGUACUCCGAGGACUUCUGGAAGCCUCCGGAACACAGCUGCCUCCGCCGGCUCAUCACCUACCUGCACCUCAACUUCCCGGGCUCGGACCUGGAGCGCCGGGCCUGCAACCUGCUGACCCAGUUCCACCGCAGGCAGCACCGGGACCCGGAGCAGGAGGUGGUGGACCACGGCGCCUGCACCUUCUCCAUGCUGGAGGAGAAUGGCUAUGAGGACGAGCGGCCAGACUUCCUUUCCUUUGACCCAGCCGUGGUGGCGGAGCAGUUCACCCUGAUGGACGCGGAGCUGUUUAAGAAGGUGGUCCCGUACCACUGUUUGGGGAGCAUUUGGUCCCAGCGGGACAAGAAGGGGAAGGAGCACCUCGCCCCCACCAUCCGUGCCACCGUGGCCCAGUUCAACUGCGUCACCAACUGCGUCAUCGCCACCUGCCUGAGUGACCGGUCGUUGAAACCCACACAGCGAGCCAAGCUGGUGGAGCGCUGGAUAGAGGUGGCCAGGGAGUGCCGUAUCCUGAAGAACUUCUCCUCCCUGCGGGCCAUUCUCUCCGCCCUGCAGUGCAACUCGGUCCACCGGCUCAAGAGGACGUGGGAUGAGGUGUCCAGGGAGAACUUCCGCAUCUUCCACGAGCUGUCCGAGAUCUUCUCCGACGAGAACAACCACUCGCUCAGCCGGGAGCUGCUCAUCAAGGAGGGGACCUCGAAAUUCGCCACCCUGGAGAUCAACCCGAAGCGAGCGCAGAAGAGACACCAGCAGCAGAGAGACCUGGGUGUGAUGCAGGGGACCAUUCCGUACCUGGGCACCUUCCUGACUGACCUGGUCAUGAUGGAUACGGCCAUGAAGGACUACAUGGAUGGCGGGCUGAUCAACUUUGAGAAGAGAAGAAAGGAGUUUGAGGUGAUCGCCCAGAUCAAGCUGCUGCAGCUGGCCUGUAAUAACUACAGCUUCACUCGUGAUAAUCACUUCAGGGAGUGGUUCUCUGGGGUGGAGAAACUCACCGAGGCGGAGAGCUACAGCCAGUCGUGUGAGAUCGAGCCGCUGUCGGAAUCAGCCAGCAACACCCUGAAAGCCAAGAAGAACUCUGGCAUCAUCAAGCGCUGGAGCGAUCGGCAGCCCACCAGCGCGGAGGCCAGCUGCAGCAGUGCAGGCAGCUCCCACUCCAAGUCGUUCGACCAGCUCCGCUACGGCCCCAUCCUGGGGAGCUCGGGAGGCGCGGGCGGGGACGGGGGCGACUCCCUCAGCGUCACCUCCGCCGGCUCCAGCAGCUCCGACGUGGAGGAGGUCAGCAUCAGCUUCAUCUCCGACUCGCCCGACGCCCAUGAGAAGAAGAGCUCCACGCCAACAGUAAAACAUUCCAAUUCUACCUUAGGGAAGGGAGGCCUGAUGCCUGAACCGGCUCCCACGUUCUGGGAGUCCACCUCUCUGUCUUCGCUGGACACCUCAGGGAUGGGCUCCGGCUCCGGCUCCAGCAGUGCCUCCUCCUCCUCGGUCAGCUCCACCCCUGUCACGGCCUCCCGCUCCCACAAGCGCUCCGUCUCGGGGGUGUCCAGCUACUCCUCCCUCUCCCUCCCCCUCUACAACCAGCAGGUGGACGACUGCUGCAUCAUACGCGUCAGCCUGGACGUGGACAACGGGAACAUGUACAAGAGCAUCCUGGUGACCAGCCAGGAUAAGACCCCAGCAGUCAUCAGGAAAGCCAUGGUCAAGCAUAACCUGGACCGCGAGCGACCGGAAGAUUAUGAGCUUCUACAGAAGAUCACAGAGGAGAAAGAGCUGAAAAUUCCGGACAACGCCAACGUGUUCUACGCCAUGAAUUCGUCCGCCAACUACGACUUUGUGUUGAAGAGGCGGGGUUUCCCCAAAGCGGGGCGGACCAAGCACGUGGCCAGCUCCACCCUCCCCCGUAUGAAACAGAAGGGCCUGAAAAUCGCCAAAGGCAUCUUCUGAGGCCCAGGCUGCCCCCCCCCCCCCAGUGCCAGCCCUCCACCCUGCCAAAAACCCCCAUCACCCCUUGUUCCACUAAACCUUACUGAACACUGCUGCGGAGAGGUUCUUUGUAAGGGGAAGGGUAGCAGAACCUUGUGGAAGUGAAGCCCAGAGCAGCGUGGAGCAGGGCCAUGUGGCCUCUUGUUUGACUUUUCAGAGUGAAGCAGUGGAGGUGUGGAAGGUGAGCUUGAAUACUGGUGUCCUGCACCCCCGCAGCGACCUGACCCGUGGGAGCCCAGGCACUACUUUUUGGCCGCUGUGUUGGGGAAAUUGAGUGAGGCUGAGGUGAAGAAUUGUCCCCCCUUGUGUGUGUUGGGGGGAUAGAGACAGCAGCCUGGUUCCCCUGGACCAACCGGGCAUUUUGAUUUUUUGGAUGUGUUCCUGCAGUGCAAAGUCCAACCUAAAGAUCAAGAAGGAGUCAGACACCUGGACAAAGAGGGCAGAAGUGGAGAAGUGGUGGUGUCAGAAGGUCUGGGGUGUUGACAGUGACCCCC